AACCUUCCUUCGCGUGGCGCCGCUGUGGUGCUUGUUGUUCUUAAAAUGCUGCCGGGAUGUCAGCGGCAUCGGCUCUGCUGUCUGUCUCUCGCCGGUCGAUACAAAAUCGAGGGACUCGUCGUCGUAACACCUUUCCUCGCUCCUACAAGCUGAAUUUUUCAUUGCGAUGGACAAGAAGCACGUUCUGGUUACCGGUGGGGCGGGUUACAUAGGGUCGCAUACCGUCUUGGAGUUGCUGCAGACUGGAUAUGAAGUGGUUGUGCUAGAUACCCUCAGCAACUCCAGCAUCGAAAGCCUGAAAAAUGUAUGCAAGCUGACGCAGUCGCGCGUAUACUUCUACCAAGGCGACCUAGCCGAUGCGGAAAUACUAGACGCCAUCUUUCGGAAUCACCCAAUAUGGGCCGUGAUACAUUUCGCCGCCCUCAAAUCCGCCCCCGAAUCCGUCGCCCGACCGCUCGACUACUACCGCGUCAACGUCGACGGGUCCGUAUCGCUGCUGGAAGCGAUGACGCGGCAUCACGUCCACCGCCUCGUGUUUUCCUCCACCGCCGCCGUCUACGGGAAACCAGACCCGAACACGACGCUGAUCGACGAAUCUCACCCAACGCGGCCGGAGAACCCUUACGGCCGCUCGAAACGGAUGGUGGAGACGAUCAUCGAAGACACGACGCGCGCGGUCCGCCCACUGGGGUCCGUCGUCCUCCGGUAUUUCAACCCCGUCGGAGCGCAUGAAUCCGGGUUGAUCGGCGAAGACCCGAAAGGCCGGCCGGGCAACCUCAUGCCCCUCUUACUUCAAGUGAUGACACAAUCCCGCAAGCAUCUUGAGAUCACCGGCACAGACUGGCCGACUCCAGACGGCUCCGGCAUGCGCGACUUCAUCCACGUGGUGGAUCUCGCCAAGGGCCACGUCAAGGCGCUCGAACACGCCGACCGGCUGUGCAUGGCCAACGGCGGCUUCGAUACGUUGAAUAUGGGCACAGGGGCGGGGACGACGGUGCUGCAGAUGAUCCGCUGCAUGGAGUCGUUGACAAACUCGACCAUCCCGUAUGUCAAGGGCCCGCGGCGGGUGGGCGAUGUGGCUGCCGUUGUUGCGGAUCCACACCGGGCGCAGAAGAUUUUGAAGUGGAAGGCGACAAGGGGGUUGGAGAUGAUGUGUGCGGACGCGUGGCGAUUCAGGCAGAUGAACCCAGAGGGAUACGUCUCGACCAUCAACAUGCCCAGCGCCGACUCGCUGACCUCGCCGCGUGCUUCGAUACCGGGCAACUACGUGUUUGUGUCGGAGUCGUUGACGCCCACCGAGGGGAGUCCGCUGGUUAGGAGGGCUGUAUCGCUGAAGGCUAACCGGCCGCCGAACGAGCCGGUCAAGACCACUAAUCGAAUUAUUCUGUCUGGGAUGAGCGGCGAGCCGCCGUUUUUGCUGCAGGACAGGGAUCAAUUCAGCCAUCCACGAGGGGUGCCGAUCGCUUUGACACCCGUGUCCACGUCGCUUCAGUAGAGGAGAGUUUAGAGACACGGUCGCUUGCAACUGUAGAGACCAUCUAGUCGAGCUAGCUUCCUUGAACUUGGGCGGAGUAGUAGCGGGAUGCUUUCAUUAGCUGUUAGGCCUAGUCAUAGCUCUAGAGUUAGCGCUUGGUCCGCUUCUUUCGCACCAUGUUAGCGGGAGAGCUCCUGCAUGGAUUUGAUUUUGCUCAGCGGGACUUUUUGUUUUCGGGACGUUAUUUACGUAUUUAGUGGAAUUCUGGAUGUCGAUUAUGAGAACCGAGGU